GUUAACACUAACCUUUGGUCUCUUCUCACUUCUUUGUAGGUGACUGUGUGCACCAGAAAAGAAAGCAGAAAGAGGAAAGGUAAGAUAAAGCAAGAAUGGCAGCAACUUCAACAAACCAAAUCAAAGACCAAUCUCUUUCACUCACCAAGAGACUCUUUCCAUGGACCCUCUAUGCUCUAAUCCCCAUAGCUCUUCUACACUUCUACCUUAAUCCUCUUUCAUUUCCUCCUUCACCAGAAUCUGAACUCCCUCAUUCGUUCACUUCUCACUUUUCUCCCCCCUCAGAAGAUGAAAAGGCUCAUGAUACCCCUUGUGACUACUUCAAUGGCAAAUGGGUCAGUGACAAGAGAGGCCCUUUGUACAAUGGAACAACCUGCGGCACGAUCAAGGAGAACCAGAACUGCAUCAAACAUGGAAAACUUGACAUGGGUUAUCUCUAUUGGAGGUGGAAGCCUAAUAGUGAGUGCCAACUUCCAAGGUUUGACCCUCAUGCUUUUCUCAAUGUUGUGAGCAACAAGCACUUGGCUUUUGUAGGGGACUCUAUGGCUAGGAACCAGUUAGAGUCACUUCUUUGCAUGUUAGCCACUGCUUCAAGUUCAACCCUUUUGUUCAGCAAUGACAGCAACAAGUUCCGCAGGUGGCACUUUUCUUCUCAUAAUGCAACUGUUUCUGUGUAUUGGUCCCCCUUUCUUGUAAAGGGUGUUGAGAAAUCUAGCAGUGGACCUGAUCAUAAUGAGUUGUAUUUGGAUCAUGUUGAUGAGAAAUGGGGUGGGGACAUGGGUCAAAUGGACUUGAUUGUAUUGUCAAUUGGGCAUUGGUUUUUGCAUCCUGCUAUUUAUUAUGAGGAUGGUUCUGUUUUGGGGUGUCAUUAUUGUCCUGGUUUGAACCAUAGUGCAAUUGGGUUUUAUGGUGUGUUGAGAAAGGCUUUGAGGACUACCCUUAAUGGGAUAAUUGAUAGGAGGGGUGGUAAAGGAAAUGAUGGGGUUGGUGUGAUUGUGACAACAUUUUCACCUGCUCAUUUUGAAGGUGAGUGGGAUAAGGCUGGUGCUUGUCCUAAGACUAGGCCUUAUAGAAAUGAGGAGAAGAAGCUUGAAGGGAUGGAUGCUGAAAUGAGAGAGAUUGAGAUGGAGGAAGUGGAAGCAGCAAAGGUGAAAGCCAAGGGAAUUGGAGGGUUUAGGUUGGAGGCAUUGGAUGUGACCAGAUUGGCAUUGUUGAGACCAGAUGGCCACCCUGGCCCUUACAUGUAUCCUUUUCCCUUUGCCAAUGGGGUUCAAGAGCACAUGCAGAACGAUUGUGUUCAUUGGUGCUUGCCAGGGCCUAUAGACACAUGGAAUGAGAUUUUUCUGGAGAUUUUGAAGAAGUGGGAGGAACAACAUAAGAGUGAAGAAUGAGGUAUUUUCUUAGAUCUUUUACUGUUUAAUACCUUUCUCACAUAGGUGAUGGAUAUAAAUAUAAUUGCAAUGGUGAAAAUGGGAUUUUAGUUGGGGUUGAUUGUUAUAUGUGAUAUGAUGUGAUAUGGGUUCUUCUUGAGCUUUUUUCUCCCAUAGUGGAAAAGAAAAUGUUUGAAGACAUCACCAUAGAUUGAUUAGGGAAUUUGAGAGUGACAAAUGAUUGAAUGAAGGGUACUGGACACAAAGGUGAUUUUGGAAUACAUGUAAAUUGGUCAGCUAAAAAUGUUGAAGAUGGUUUGAUUUGAAUGUGAACAAAUGAAGGAAUUCAAUUUAUUACACAUGGGCUACCAUUUUCUGUCUUGCCUCAUAUGGUAGCCAUCAAUUUUGUCUAGUGGGAUAUUUUACUCAAUGGGAAAUUUCCCCUUGCCUUUGACUAUUUUCUUUUUCUGUAAGGCUGAUCCCAUAUCCCCGACUUCAUAUUUAUACUUGCA